CGUCCCUUCUCUCAGCUCUAGUAUUUGCGUGCCUUUCCAGGCGAAUGACAAAGUCCACAACAUAACAAGCCUAAAUGGACUGCUCCAACACUAAUGUAACCAAAGUGUGAUCGGGUCUAUAGAUUGAUUUUACAUUCAUAAGCCCAACUUGUCAAAUACAUGGAAGAGGCCUCAUUCCCUGUCGUUGGUGUUGUGAUUGCUGUUGUGUCCAGUUUUAUCAAUGGAUCAACGUUUGUGCUCCAGAAAAAGGGGAUACUACGAUCCCGAAAAUCAGGUCGGACCUACCUGGCUGACUGUGUGUGGUGGUGUGGUACACUUGCAAUGAUUGUGGGACAGAUAGGAAAUUUUCUAGCAUACAAUGCUGCUCCAGCUGUUGUGGUCACACCCCUUGGAGCCCUGGGUGUCCUCUUUGGGGCCAUUCUGGCAUCCUGGAUACUACAGGAAUAUUUAAAUCUCAUUGGGAAACUUGGCUGCACAUUGUGCUGCUGUGGUUCAGUUGUGAUCAUCAUUCACUCACCCAAGUCUGAGAAUGUGACAUCAAGAGCAGAAUUAGAGGAGAGACUGAUGGACCCAGUGUUCCUAGUUUAUAUCUUAAUGGUGGUCCUGUUACUGAUCAUACUGAUUGGCUGGCUGGUUCCGGCUCAUGGAAGAUCCAACAUUAUGGUCUAUGUCGGCAUCUGUUCUCUCCUUGGGAGUUUCACUGUGCCCAGUAGCAAAGGUCUGGGACUGGCUGCUCAAGAGGCCUUCAGUGGGAUGUCUACACCUGAUAACAGAGCACUUUACCUCUUCCUGCUCUUGCUAGGGAUUCUCAUAAUCAGUAUUCUGAUCCAGUUCAUCUUCAUCAACAAAGCCCUGGAGAGCUUCAGCUCUAAUAUGUUUGAGGCCAUCUAUUAUGUGACUUUCACGUCCUGUGUCAUCCUGGCCUCUGCUAUUCUUUUUAGGGAAUGGACAGCACUUGGCAUUGUGGACUGUUUAGGAAUUUUGUGUGGGUUCAUCACGGUAUCUGUGGGUGUUGCCUUAUUACGCAUCUCUCAAGAAGCUACACUAGCUUGGAGCCAAACCAAAGCUAAAGGAGAGUGACCCAUUAGAUUUAAACAUGAAACAUUCGAUUUUUAUAUCAUUAACUGACAGGGUUGGUUUCACAGACAUACAUAUUAUAAAGGAGUUAACUAAAAUGAAUUUGUAAAAGAUAAUUAACCCUUGCAGAUAUCAAAUAAAAGGGCUUUAUUUGUCUGUGAGAAGGACUUAUGUGUCCCUUGAGAGGUCCUUUUUUUAUUGUAAAUUACAUUUAAAAAAACUUGAUUCAUAUUUUAAUAUGGAAAUUAUCUUCACUCGUCAGUUUUAACUCAUUGACACUUGCUUUUCAUUAUGAUGUUAUAAAUUAUUGAUUAAUAUUGAUGUACUGAAUUAUUAAUAUUGUAAGUGCCUACUGUGUUUUUUAUUUUAUUUAGUUGAAAUUAGGCAAAAUAAAGUGGUUGAUUGCUCACUGGAAAUAAA